AAUAUAUCGUAGGAAGAAACUAACUAUUUUAUUUUUAACUAAAUUAGUAAAGUUCAAAGAAAUUUCAUAAGCAUAAUUAUUUAUAUUAGUUUAGUAAAUAGAUUUUUAUUAGAUACUAUGUCCUAGUAAUCACAGAAAACAUCUCAAGAUUAGCAGAGAGAUCUGCUCAUUGAUGAAGCACAAAAAGCACAUAAAUUAAUUAUUUAAUCUGAUUAAAAAUUUAGAAAAUAAUUAGAUAUCAAAAUAUGCUAUUUGAUAUCAAGAAAUUGGUUUAAUUAAUGGUGCGAGUAUGUAGGAUACUUAGAGGUAAUAGCAGAUUUAGAACCUGAAUCAGAAAAAUUUGCUUUGAUUAAGCCAAAUAGAUUGAUAAAUGAAGAGUUUAUUUCAUAGUAAGCUGAUCAAACAUUAAAUAUUUCAUUAUUCAAAUUUGAUGAAAAGAUAGUAUAAGAAAGCAAGUUCCUAAAUAUUCUUUUAAAGCAAGACUAAAAUUUGAAUACCUUCAAAAUUGUAGAUGAAGAAACUUGGAAGUUUUUCUCUUCAAGAUACCCAGGAGGAUUCGAGAUUUCAAGACCUGUUUUCCAUUAUUAGCACAGAAUCAUCUAAAAUGUUUAACUCCUGCAACCUGAAAUAGUGGUUUAUAAUGAUGAGUUAGUGCAAAAGAUAGGUUAGUUGAGUGAUUUAUAACUUAAAAAUGGCUAAAACCCAUUAAAUUUUAAGAGAUGCUAACUUCCUUCUUUCUACACUUUGAGUUAGUUAAAAGACUUAAUGAAAAGAUAGUUUAAUGUUGAUAAAGUUAGGGUUUGGAGAUUCGAUGCAAGUUAAAAAAAGGAAGAAAUAUAGCUCUAAACAGGUAAAUAAGUUAAGUAAAAGCAGUACUAAAUAAGAGCACGAGAGUUAGUAGAAUAGCAGAUUGGCGGACAUCUAGUUUUGCAAGAUAUUAUUAAGAAUCACUAUUGCUUAAUUAUUGAGUUACCAAUCAGAGGUAACUUUUAACUCAUUUAAUCUAGCUAGUCAUAGAUAGCUAAUGGUAAGUUUUAAGGAGUUUGUGAGUACUGCACUAAAAUUUUAGAAUUAAGUGUUAGAUGUGUUUGUAAGUAAGUGGCUUACUGCAGCUAGAAUUGUAAGUAUAAAGAUUAAGAUUUUCACUCUCAUACUUGUGAUGUCGCAGCUGACUCAGAAAGUGAUGAAGAGAUGAAUUCUCUUCCCUUAGAAAUCUCGGGUAAAGCAGGCUUAAAAAAUAUUGGUAAUACUUGCUACCUUGCUGCUGCUUUGCAAAAUAUCUAUAUAACUUCAGAGUUCUCUUAGAAAUUUACAAUGAAUGAAAUAAAUUCAACACCAAAUAAAAAAUGCAAGCUGCUAUAGAAAUUUUCUAAGUUAUUAAAAGAAAUGACAAUGCUGAACGAAGAAUCAAUAGAGCCUUGGAGCUUCAAAACACAAUUAGGGCAAAUUAAUUAAAUGUUUUCAGGAAAUUAUUAGCACGAUGCAGCUGAGUUUAUAACAUGUUUAUUUGAUGCCAUCAACGAAGAGUGUCAAAAAGACAACAUUGAAGGUGCUAAAUAAGAUAUUAAUUUAAGUAAGCCUGAUUAAUUUUGGAGUUAUUGUGUAAAAUAAGGAUAUAAUAAAGCACUAAUUGAGAGCUUUUUGGGAUUAUACGAAAGUAGCAUUGAAUGUCCUGAGUGCUAAAAUACUUCUUUAAGCUAUGAUCCUUUUACUAUACUUUCUCUUCCUAUAAAAUAAAAGCCUAUUGUAAAGCAAAUUAUGGUUAAUUUAAUAAAAGAAAAUAUAGCUCUUGAUGUAAUACAUACUAAAACAUCUUAUACAACUGGUAAAACUACCAUUCUUGAUCUUAUAUUAUUUGUUUGCCAAGAAAACUAAAUUGAAUAUAAAAACAAUAUUGUUGUUUGCACUUAUAAUGGUGAGUCAAUUUAGUAAGCAUACAUCAAAUCAGAAUAAUUAUAGAAGAAUGUAGAAGAUCUAGAGACGGAAUUGGAAGGAAAAAACAAGUCGCUUCUUUUUUAUGAAGUAAGCUACGAUCUUUCUACUUUUGAUCCUUUAAAACAUAAAUUGAUUAAGAUGGAUUACUCAAGGAUGGGUAAAACUUAAAUUGGAAUUAUGCAAGUAGAUGAGAAAACUACUUUUUCAGCACCUAGAGUAAUCAUAGUAGAGAGAUAGUAAAAUAUGUCAUCUAUAUACAAGCAAAUAUUUUCAGGUCUAAGCGAAAUUUAUCCUGAGGCUUACUAAUUAGUUAAAGAUUCAUUCGCUGAAUACAAAGAAAUCUAAUUAGAAACCGAACAAGACAAUGAGCAGCAAAAUACAAAAUCAACUUCUCUAAAUGAUCUAGAAGAGUAGAGAAAGAAAGAGGAUGCAAAAUGGAAUGGAGCAUCCAAUACCAAAGAUUAAAUUGAUUAAAAACAAUAAAUCCAAUAGCAAAAUAAUGGUUCAAGUAGCAACCAGAAAUAAUCACCUCCUAAAUAGUAGUAGUAAUAAAUCCAACAAAAUUAAAUUAGUAUCAAUGAUGGAUGGGGCGACUUCGAAAUACCAACAAUCCUUCCAAAAAAAUAAAAUUAAUAGUAAAAAUCUACACAAAAAUAGUAAACUAAUUAAAAAAAUGAACAACAACUAACUUAGCCAACUCAAAAUUAAUAGCUACCUAAAUAACCUGAAAAAAAAUAAUAGCCACAAGCAUUAUAAGCUCAAUAAUCUUAAACCUCCUCACAAGCAUUAACUUAAGCAUCAAGUAAUUCAAUUUAAUCAGCUUAAAGUACUGCUUCAAACGAUGGAGGAUGGGGCUGGGACUCUGAAAUUUAUGUAGCACCAAAAAAAGCAGCUCCUACACCUGUAUAACAAAAACCUUAAGUAUUACCUUCUGCUGCUAAAUAGGUAAAUCAAUAAUAAGGUAAGAGUGAUGAAGAUGACUUCACAUAAGUUACUCAACAUAAGAAAGGAAAAAACUCAAAGUAGAACAAUAAAGAAGUUGUUUAAGAAUAAAAUACUUUAAGUAAAACUUAAAAUUUGAAUUAGUAAAAUAAUAGUAAAAAUAACUAAAAUAAAGCUUCAGAAAAUUAAAAAUAGAACAACAAUAAUAAUGGAAAUUUUGCAAACUAAAAUGGUUAAUCUAACUAAAAAACAAUACUAAAUGGAUAAUAAUAAGCAAAGCCUUAAUCAAAAUAAUAAUAACAAUAAAAUAUUGUGAAUCCAUUUGCAACUUGGGGCGAUGAAGAUUAACCCAGAAAUAUUACAGAACCUGAAUAAGAGAAAAAGUCAUUGACUUCUAGCAAAUAAUUAAUUGAAAAAUAAUAAUAACAAUCUGAGAUAAAAGUAGAAAACUAAAAUUAAUAAGAAGAAUCUACAUCCAAUUAAAAUUUAGCUGUAAACUAAAAUAAUAAACCAAAUAAGAGUAAAACAGUAAUUUAGAAAGAAGAUUUUAGUGAACUCUUAACUAAGUUACCAUUUAGUGUUAACAUAAAGUCAAAAAAGAGUAGAAUAGGAGGAGUAUUUAAGUGUUACUUCUGUGGCAAAUAAAAUUGUUAAAAUUGUACUUUGCCUUUUGAAAAUCAAAGAACAUUCUCUUAAUUGUUAUAAAAUUACAGAGAUCUACUUGAGCUUGAAUUAUUUUGGUAAAAAGAAUAGCCACCAAAAACACUUUAUAAGUCCAUCAUUGAUUAAAACUAAGCAAACUCAUAAGCCAAAAAGCAAAACUUACCUAAUUUGUAAUAUUGUCUUGAAGAAUUUUCAUAAAAAGAGUAGCUUUCAAAAGAAAAUGCAUGGUAUUGUUCUAAAUGCUAAAAAUAGCAACAAGCUUUCAAAAAAUUAAGCAUAAAAUAUGCCCCAAACAAUUUGAUUAUUUAGAUCAAAAGAUUUAAAACAAAUAUCUAGGACGGAUCAAAAGAAAAGAAUUACUAGUAAGUAAUAUUCCCUGAAUACGGUUUUUCCCUUUAAAGUUAUGCAGACACUUAGGUAUCUCCUUCAAUACCAUCAAGUAAAUUUAAUGGUGAUAUAGUUUAUGAUUUGUAUGGCUUAAUUAUCCAUGAAGGAACAACUGAAAAUGGACAUUAUAUUGCAUAAUGCAAAUACGAUAAAAUAUGGUAUAGCUUUGAUGAUGAUAAUAUAUCAAUUGUGGAAUCAGAAAAAGUUUUAAAUAAUAAAAAUGCUUAUAUUUUAUUUUAUAGAUUAAGAAAAUGA